UGGUAUUUCUGCCAGGUUGCAGCUCGCAUCGAAACCCCCUCCGCGCGGCACAUAAUCGGACCAAACCAUUGCCGCAGUUUGAGGUUUUAACACCUGUCACAUGAGCGUCGAGUUGCGUAAACCGGCGGCUCCCACUGCAGCCGAGCGCGUUCACACCGCUCCACCGCAGACCAGACACCAGACGCGGUCGUGUUGAGGAGCUGCCACGGAGCAGCGUCCGGAGAGAGGAGCUGCUCAAUUACACCGACUCCCCUAUUGUGCGUCCGGGCUGCAGCAUCAGUCACUGCCUGCAAUGGCGAUGCUGUAGCGAUAGUAGUGAGUCCAAACGUUCCCUGAAGUGGCGAUUCCCGUCCCGGACUACAUUUACGAGCGUGCGUGUGUGCGCGGGGAAGCGAUGUUAUCGUCGGAAAGGCUUUGCAGUGAGAGCGUCGUUAUUCACCCCUGGAUUACUGUUUGUUUUUAUCGCGAAGACGGAGCCAUGAAUGUCAGAUUGUAGACAGCGCUGUGGUAGGCCAAACUAAACUCCUCACUCCUUAUGUUCUAAUGAGGCCACGGCAAUGCUGACAUCUCCUCUGAACCCAAAGACACCAUCAUGCUAAAGACCGAGGCGUCGGGGGAGAGGACCAGCCUCAGGAGUGCCUCCCCCCACCGCAAUGCCUACCGAGCGGAGUUCCAGGCACUCAAGAGGGCCUUUGACCAGCCUCGGAUUGAUGGAAACUCAAAACCCAAAGAUGUGGAAAGGGUCAAACAACCAAGAGGUCGCCAGUAUGGCUCCCAUGUCAGCCGCAUCAAGGACAUGUUCAUGCAGAUGGGCUCAGAGACUAUAGCAGCUAAGACAAAGUGUCAAGAUGAUUCUUCACCACAGAAGAUGGUCAAGCCCACCAACUUCAUCAACAAGGCCGAUGGAUCCGUGAUAAAACUCCAGCAUUCCUCAUCAGCUGAAAGGAUCGGAGCUUUGGGAGCAAAGUUCUCUGAAACGAGGAAGCUGUUUGAGCAGCAGUCCCGUGACCAGUCCCAGUCACCAGUCUCUCACUAUGGACGUGAUAAAAGAGGCUCCCAUGAGCACCUUGAUGACUGGCGAGGUGCAAGGUCCAAUCGAGGCAGCACAGACUCCCUGGACUCGCUUUGCUCCAGAACCGAGGCAUCCUCACCGACUGUCAGUCAACUCAGUGCUGUUUUUGAAAAUGUCGACCACCACAAUCAGGGUGCGCCCUGCAGAGGAAUCAGCAGACGAGCCCUCUACUCGCCAGACGGAUUCAACCGUCAAGGGGGGGAUCUCAGUGAGGAUGAUUCACGACAGUCUCCAGUUCGUGGAAAUUACCGGGGCAGGACAGGGGGAAAGUUACCCUCAUCCAUGUCCUCUGAGGACCUCUUGACUCCCAGUCUUGAAGCAGAGACAGAGGAGUUGAAACAAGCUCCACAAGAUGAGGAUGCCCAAGACAAAGCAGACAAGGCCGGAGAUAGACUGCGGCUUUCUGGGGCCACCACUGAUGUAAGCCAGGUGAAUGGUUCUUGUAAGGAAGAUGAGGAACUUUCGGAGGAUCCUGGGCUGUCCAAAGCUUCAAAACCUUCAAAACCUUCAGAUGAUGCUGUGAUUACCAACAAAACCUUGAGUGAUGCCACUCCAGAGCCCCUGCCAACCACAAACACACCAGCUGAAAGCCAGCAGGCUGGAGAUGGUUCUCGAGAUGAAAAGCCUUCUGAAUCGCCCAACGACCAGGUGGAAGAACCUAUUGAGGAAUAUACUGGGAGUGAGCGUGUGGUUUUUAAUGCAGAUGGAGAUGCUUGUUACCAGGGUUGGGGUGAGAGCUGUACAGAUCCUGAUGAUGACCUCUAUGGAGACGAUGAAGAUAUUGACUAUGACCCAGGCUCUGAUCUGACCGAGCUUCCUGGUCUCCCAGAGGAAAAUAAAGAGGACGUCCCUCCAAAGAGGAAGAUCGGCUUCAGCACUGCCCCCAUUACGGUGUUUAACACUUACUCCAAUGAGGACUAUGACCGACGUAAUGAUGAAGUGGAUCCUGUGGCGUCCUCUGCAGAAUACGAGCUGGAGAAGAGGGUGGAGAAACUGGAACUCUUCCCUGUGGAGCUGGAGAAAGAUGACGACGGCCUGGGGAUCAGUAUCAUAGGCAUGGGCGUCGGUGCCGAUGCGGGUCUGGAGAAACUGGGCAUCUUCGUCAAGACCGUCAUCGAGGGCGGAGCGGCCGAGAGAGAUGCCAGGAUAAAGGUCAAUGACCAGAUUGUGGAGGUGGAUGGAACCAGUCUAGUGGGCGUCACCCAGAGCUUCGCUGCCUCCGUCCUCAGGAACACAUCAGGAGUGGUUCGGUUUAUGAUUGGCCGAGAGCGUCCGGGCCAGCAGAGCGAGGUGGCCACUCUGAUCCAGCAGACACUGGAGCAGGAGAGGAGACAGAGGGAGCUGCUGGAGCAGCAGUAUGCCCACUAUGAUGCCGAUGACGAUGAGCAGACGGGAGAGUACGCCACGGACGACGAGGAAACGGGGCAGACGGGGGCCGAGGAGAAGAGCAUCGAGGUGUUCGACUUGCCCGAGACGGAGGACAUCUUGUCUCCCUCGGAGUUGGAUGCCAAUAAACUCUACCAGAAAUUCAGAGAGCUCCAGAUCAAACACACAGUGACCGAGGCCGAGAUCCAGAAGCUUAAAAACAAGUUGGCGUCAGUGGAGAAAGAGAAGCAGCGCUGGGAGAAAGAGAAGAGCCAGCUGAAGGCGAGCAUAGACGAGAACAAGGAGAGGAUGCUGAAACUGGAGAGCUACUGGAUCGAGGCGCAGACUCUGUGUCACACUGUCAACGAGCACCUGAAGGAGGCGCAGGCCCAGUAUCAGUCUCUGGAGAAGAAAUACAACAAAGCCAAGAAAUUAAUCAAAGACUUCCAGCAGAAGGAGGUGGAGUUUAUCCAGAAGGAGGAUGCAGAGAGGAAGCGGCUGGAGGAUGCUGAGAAAUCUCACCUGGCUGAGAUCCAGGGACUCCAAGUCAGGAUUGCAACACUGGAGUCCGAGCUCAUGCAGCUGAUGAAGCAGAAUGGCAUCCAGGUCAACAACAACAACAGCAACAGCGCCGAGAGGCUGAGCGCUCAGCGACGCGGUCCCAUCUGCGCUGCAGCACAAGCCAGAGAUUUAAGGGACUCACCCAGCAAAAAGAUGAGCUGCAGAGGAGUGACCCAUGACAGCAUGAGCUCUACAGAAGGAGAGGUAUUAGGUUCUAUUUGUAGCGUGGCCCCUGGUGAAGGAGGAGCAGCCGUCCUCAGAGUGCCAGGCAGCGCCGAAAGCUCCCCGAGGCGAACGCUGCACCAAACGACCGCCGCAGGACUCCUCCAGGAUGGUUCUCAGUCGAGCCCAUGUCACAGCCUGGAGGAGCACAGGCAGACUCCAGACUCUGGGAAAACCAAAGGGAAGGAGACGGAUCCCAGAGCUUCACCUGGAAACAGCUCCACAGAGCCAUCAGCAGAGGACAGUCCAGAAAAACUCAAGGCCAAGACCUCCCUCACAUGGCCCCACUUCUUCUCCUAUUCAUAUUACUUGGGGCCCACCUUGAACGAGGAUCUGAGCGCGAGCAGCAGCAGCAGCUCGGUGGAAAUCAGCGGUCUGCUGAGCGAGGCCAAGAAGUCUGGACGCUCUCACGCGCUUGUGCUGUCCUCAGAUGAGAGUCUGGAUAUGAUAGAUGACGAGAUCUUCGAUGAGAGCCAGCCUUCGAGGCAGCAUCAGUGGCAGAACCACGGUAUUACAGAGUGGACCUCGCAGCAGGUGGCCCACUGGCUCAUGGGCCUCAACUUAGAACACCAUAUCCCAGAAUUCACUGCCAAAAACAUAGAUGGGGAACAGCUGCUGGAGCUAGAUAGCACUGAGCUAAAGGCUCUUGGAGUCACUUUGUCGCAGGACCGCGCUCUGAUCAAGAAAAAGAUCAAGGACCUCAAAGUUCUGAUGGAGAAGGCCAAGAGGAACCGCGAGAAGGUGGAGAAACAGCGCGAGAAGCUACGGAAGAGAGAGCUGGAGCAGCAGCCGCAGAACGAGGCGGAGUGAAGAAAAUUGGCUGGCUCAACUUUACUGUAGCAAAUCAGCAGCAUGGAGCAGGAAUCGAAACUGUCAGUAGGCCCACAAACAAGCCCUGAGGGACACCUUCUCUGUAGUUUGGUAUAGUUCUCACUGCUGGAGCUCCAACCCCAAAAUGACCGUGUGUUCAGUGACCUUUUUUUUCCACGACGAAAAUCAAACCAAAAUAAUCAGUUAGAUAAUAAGAUGCUGCCCCUUCAUCGGCCUUACUAUACACCUAUCCUUUUGUUUUUUAGCCAUUUAGUAAAUACGAUCUAUUUUAAAAUUGUAAAUUGGGUUAAUUUACCGUUUCUAGAUGAAUCAUUUCUGUGCUCAUUUCUUCAUCAUCCCACCGUCGUCCUCAGAGCCAUGACACAACAUGAACGUGUGCAUAUGGACAAAUGCAGACACAUAUCUCUCUGAUGUGCCAUGUGGUUUAGACGUAUGUAUAUAUUGUUCAGACACAUUGAUUCUAUUGCUUUGAAGCGCACACACACACACACAAGUCCGUGUGGAAUAUGGAACAUGUGAGGCAGUACUCAUCUCCCACCACUGGGUGGCCACGUGCUGCUGACUUUGACUACUGACCAAGUCAUCACACUGGGACAUUUUUAAGCCGAACUGAACUGGCAACCAAAUUUCUCUAAGAGAGAAAAGUUUUUUCCGCAAGAACACUGGACAUGUAAACACUGUACAUUUAUGUGAACCUGACAGUAUACUGUACAUGUACCACAAGUAUAACAGUUCUCUAUGGCGGGGACACGCUGUAGUCAUAGGACUGAUUCUAAUGGAGACUUCAGGUACAUAUAAUCACUUACCAAACCCCGUAUCAUACAUGCAACACACACACACACACACACAAAAAAGACCUUUUUAAAAGCAACUUGGGUGCAUAAAUGUGCAUACUCUUGCUUUGACUCUGCUUGUAAACCUGCUUUUGCCCACUUUUUAUCGUCUCUCAAUCAAAUCAUGAAAUAAUACCCCACCACUGCCUUUAGACAUUAAGUAGAAUAGGAUUUUUUUUCUGUGAGUGUUAAAAACACACAGUAAAGCUGACCGAUCCAUUUCUGGUUGUUCUUUUAUAACGAGUCUGUUAGAUUCACCAGGCAAACGAACGUUUGGAAUACUUAAGGAUAUUUAAGAAUGCUGCCACACACAUGUACACAGUAUUUAAGAUGACCUGAUACUACUGAUGUUACACUGGAAAUUGUGUACCUGAUAGAUGCAAUAUUGUUUUAAUUUCCCCAUGAACCUGGUUCAGUAAGAUGUAACAUUUCUUUCUUUUUUUUAUUUAUUGGGUAGACGAAGAAUAUAAUUUUGAACUCUGAUUUUUGACCUCUUUAUGUACUUUAUGCAGUUUAGGAUGAUACGUCUCUGUGAGGGACGAGUUCCUUGUGUGUUCCUUCUCGAUCAUUCCCAGGAAUCAUUCUAUUUGUUUACAGCAAAUAUAGAGACACUAGUUUCCACCGUGAUAGAAACAAAGGCAACUUUACAAUUUUUAGUCCCUCUUUGUCUUCAGGGUUAACGGGUUAAGAGCAAGAAUAAUCGUCGUGGUUACCGAAAAACCUCCAAGACAGGAACCACGACUGAUCUGUUCAGUGUUAUUAUUUAUUUAUUUAUGUAUUUAACAAAGCAACCUACUAUUGUUUGUAAUGACGUAUACAAAAUAAGAGUAUUACUAACACCUAAUAAUGAUUUAUCCAGAAUUGUAUAAUUCCCCCCCCCCCACCAAGACAUAAUUAAAACUGUUUUAUUAGCACUGUCUUAGAUUGACAUGGUCUCUAACAAACAAAGGGACAGUUUGGAACGAAAACAGUAAGCCUCUCUCUCCCCGAUUGUGCUCGUGGGUUUCCUCUAACACAACCACAGUGCUGCUGCUGCUGCAGCGCCACUCCAAUAAACUGCUCAUGAUGUGUUCUUAUGAACUGUUUUGUAACACUUGAACCUCUUCUGUGAAUACCCUCGCUCUUUUUUUGACUCUUUUGUAUGUAUAGUUAAAAAAAGAAAAAAACCCCAACAACAACAACUGAGAGCAAUAUUGCUGUACGAAUCCUACAGAAGCCUUGUUUUCUAUCGUGUCACAGUGUGUGUCCGCCGGGGACCCCGGGGGGGGAGGCGAGCAGGGUCCGGCCUGAGCCAAAAUGUGAUUCCAUAUCUUUUCUAUGUGCUUGACAGAGCUUGCCUGGCUUGAUGAAACCAACGUAUGAAUGAGUCCCUGGUGCUACUUGCGACGUUUUCAAGCAGCAUCUGGAAGGGUGUUUUGGCGUUCACAUGCGCCAGGAAGCAAAAGAUAAUCACACUGCUAUAGCCAUGCGCUCACUCUAUUCGAAAGCUAAGCUCACUCUCCUCCUUUAUUUGUCAUGACCUUGAUCUGUCUCUCUCUCUCUCUCUCUCUUUCUCCCUCUCUUUUUUGGCAUUCUGAAAAGUUUGAAAGGGCAGCUACCUGUCACACUGAAUAAAACGUGCAGCCACUGUC